UAUGAAACUUAUAGGUCAACUUUAACCUUAUAUCCAACAACAUUACUUGGUUCUAUAUUUCUUUAUAGUGAUGAUGAAAAUCCUUUUUGGGAUCCUGAACUUGAAGAAUUUUUUAUCGAUAGAGAUGGUCAUUUAUUUCAUUAUAUUAUGCAAUUCUAUCGAACUGGUAAAGUUCCUACUAUUGAUCGAGCAAUAGGAUUAAUUCCAAUAACAGCAGCUGAAUUAGAGGAUGAAUUGGAAUAUUUUAAAAUUCCUAUAUAUCCACCUUCACAAUUUUCAUCAUCAACAUUAUCACCUAAUCAGCUUUCUUUAC